AUGGCGCCGCCGCUGCUGCAUAAUUGGUCAUUCCUUCACGAUGUAUUAAACUAUUCCACUGCCAUUUUUUGGUUUUCGGCCUACGUGGCCAUAUUGCAAAAAGUCCAUAAGGAACGAAAUGCAUAUGGCCUAUCGUUUCAGACUCUGUUUGCUUUGGUGGUGGUUGAGGCCAGCAAUGUGUUGCUUAUCGUGUGUUUGCUCGCCUACCACAACAAGGCUGUUCACUUUGAUUUCUUGUUGGUGGAUUGCACCUCAGCAAUCGUUUCCAUAUGUGCCUUUGUGUACCUCUACCGCAACUUUCGGGGGACGUAUGAAAGGCAGCGUGAUACUUUUGGCCAGAAGUAUCUGCGUCUUUUGAGAGUGCCCUCGUGCUGCCCCUCCAGCCAUGUUUGCUUCCUGUACAUCUUGGCAUUUAUCGGCGCGUUUUCCAUGUUUCUUAUUCGCCGCUCUCCACACGCCCCAUCCGUGUCUGAUGCUGCGCGCUAUGGCCACAGCCGCUUGGCUGUCGGAAUGCUCCUGUCUUUCUGGGAGUGCUACAAUGACAGCAUCUUGGCUCUUGCCCUGCUUCCUCAACUUUUCAUGUUCUACAACAAACGGCCACGGAGAGUAACGAACCUUUUAGGGACCUUUGUUGCCAUGCUUUUUUGUGCAAGGGUGCUCGCUUUUAUUUACUGGCUAUCAUUCCCUCUCUUUCAUAGAACCCAACCAUCUGGGCGUGGCAUCCAUUUGGCAACAGAAGCAGUAAAUAUCCUGAUCCUGCUCGACUUCCUUUAUUACUACGUAAAAGCGAAGCUUGCGGGUCAAGAGGAUAUCUCUCUUCCCAUAUGA